AUGAACGCUGUUCUUGCCCUUCUGAAACUACGGAAUGAAUACUCACUCGUUCCCAAUGCGGCCGCUGUUCAAACACGCAGUCACGGCCUCUUGCUGCAGCCACUGCCUGAGGACUACACAGAUCACUCACACCGCCGUGCGCGGGGAAGUGUUAAUGUCUCCGGCGGCGAACAGUACAGUCGACGGCGGUUUGUUUCAGCCGCGCAGCCAAAUGGGAAUGUACACACCGCAUGUGAUUAUGGUGAUAAUGAUGAUGACGGCGGUAUUUGCUAUUGCGACUACUGCGUAGGAGAGGAAGAAGAAGAGGACUUGGCAGAUAACGGCUAUUCUAAUGUUCCGCAAGAGAGUGCAGUCUUCCGUGAACCACAGACGCAAUUCCUCAGUAGUGAGGCAUUGUUUAGAAAGUAUCAAAACGAUGAUGGGGCGCCAUUCUCACCGCUGGUGAAGGAUUUGCGGGAUCUCUGCAUUAAACGGCGGAAGGAGAGAGUAGUGGCGUGGCGUUCUAUUGCUACAACUUCCAUCACACCUCUUGACGAUGAGGGUAAUAAUAAUAAUAAUAAUAAUAAUAAUAAUAAUAAUAAUAAUANUAAUAAUAAUAAUAAUAAUAAUAAUAAUAAUAAUAAUAAUAAUAAUAACUAUGUGAAUGAUCGUGAUGAGAGAGUACAUCACCGGACGUUUAUUACAAUGGAGAAAACAAGAUAUCGCACAUAUGCACAGUUAUGGGAACGUAUUGUGGCCUUUGGUUGUGGUCUGCGAUCACUUGGUUUCGCACAGGGUUCGAUGAUUGGUAUUUGUGAGAAAACACGAUGGGAGUGGCUUGUGGUCUCUUACGCUGCGUGGUCUCAAAGUUGUGUGAUUGUUGUGAUGGGCGAUGAUAAAAGAGCUGCGAUGCGUGUAGCGGCGGAAGUGAAAUUGUCUGCGUUGAUUUGUAAUCGCACAGCACUACCGCAAUUACAAACUAUAUUCGCAGCCACAGCAAAGAGAGAUCGGGAAAUGCCUGUGUUUAUUGUGAUGGAUACUCCCAAGCAGGGCAGUGAGGGAGCCGCUAACAGUACAUCCACAUUAGGGUCAUCAUCAUUACCAUCAUUAGAGAGAAUAACUAUACCAACAAUAAGGACAGCAGAAGAAGAUGAAAAAGAAAAAGAAAAAGAAGAAGAGGAAGAAAUAGGGAAAUCAUCGCGAGAAGGUCAUCCCACGGUAACAGGUGAGACGAUUGCAGCAGAUAAGACUAUAGUACUCACUUGGGAAAAUGUACUCACACGCGGUCGUGAGGAGUGGAGACGGCGAGCAGCCGCACGUGUAGAAGAGCGUCGAUUAAGACGAGAACAGGAAAGUGAAAUCAAACGUUUUCACGCCAGUGGUGGUGAGGCCAAUGCUGCACCUUUGUUAGUAUCCAUCUAUACAAGUGAACAAGGAAGAAGCCAUAGUGCAAACAAUGCGAUAUCUGUGUGGCCCACAAUAGACAUGAAGAGAUCAUAUAUUCCUUUAACUACACGGACAAAGUUGAAUGAAGUGGAUGGAUGUAGAUGUGGAUGUGGUAUUUACUCUUGCACGUGUAGAGAUAAACAAUCACUGGAGGAUCGUCACAGCCGAUUCCCAUCAGCACCGGAGACGUCCACAAACACACUAUCAAGAACUAUAAGUGGAGGUGAAGAGACCUGCACAAUUGAACAACAACAACAACGGGAACAACAACAACAAGAACAACAACAGCAAGAUGAGGAUGACUCGGUACUGCAUUUUCCAACGAAUUUAUCUACAUUAGCACUAGUGAUGUACAAGAGUGGAGAUGCAAAAGGUGUUAUGCUUUCUCAUGGUGCACUGAAGGCUUCAGUAGUAACGUACCAGGAACGUCUGGAUAUUAUGAAGAUAGAUGAGGAUUACCAACUCCCUCAUACUUCCAUCUACACAGAUAGAAAACCCAAUAAGAGAAAUAAUACAAUCCUAAAUAAACAGAAGGGAAAAAAAGAAGAGGAAGAAGAACGCCCUACAUAUUUAUCCUAUUUACCCAUGUCUCAUAUUAUGGAGUUUAUUGCUACAAACGUAUUUUUACAUCGUGGUUAUCUUGUAUGCUACGGUACUCCACUCACAUUAUAUCAGCGUCCACGUAAUACUACGAUUUCUCCACAGAGUGACUUGUGUGAAUUUAAUCCACUUGUUUUCAUGGCCGUUCCACGAAUUCUUAAUGAACUACGAAGAGUAUUAGAAGGUACUUUGCCCUCUAGUGGAUUUCUAUUUCAUGUUUUUAAUGUUGCCUAUGCUGAGCGUCGCCGUGCUAUUCUACGCUGUCUUGAAACCCCUUUUCUCAACAAGACGGUAUUCAACAAAUCACGUGCAUUUCUUGGUGGACGUUGUCGGGCGAUUAUUUCCGGAGGGGCUUUAUUGCGAGCAGAGACGCAAGAGUUCCUUGAGGUUGUGUGUGGAGCUGCGGUUCUGCAGGGAUAUGGACUCACGGAGAGUGCGGGGUGUGGGACGCUGCAGUUUAUGUGGGAUCCGCAGCGGGAAUGUGUGGGUGGAUUGCUCGGCGGUGUGGAGAUGAAACUGCGGGAUAUUGGGCCCUGGCGACAUAGCCGUAAUACCAUUAAUAAUAAUAAUAUUAAUAAUAGUGUUAAUAAUAAUAAUAAUAAUAAUAAUAAUAGUGUUAAUAACAAUAGGGAUAAUUGCAGUAUGUGGCCCAGUGGUGAGAUACUGUUGCGUGGCCCAACGUUGAUGUCUGGCUACUACGCACAGUCCGGCGAGACGGCACGUGUGAUUGAUCACGAUGGUUGGCUGCACACCGGUGAUAUUGCCGAGCUGCAGUGCAACGGCGCCUUGCGUGUGAUUGCCCGCAUUAAAAAUAUCGCGAAGAAUGCCUGUGGCGAGUGUAUUGAUCUCGAGGCAUUGGAGGGUGUAUAUAGUCAACACCCACUGUGUACCCCCGCCGGGGUAUGUGUGCUCGUCCACCCACACCGCUCCUACAUUGUGGCACUUGUGCUCACAGAUGAGAGACGCACUCGUGCCUUUUGCGAAAGUGAAUCCACAAACUCGCAAUGGCCCGAGUGGCCGUUUAUUCUGCAGGAGCCGAUAUUUCACCGUAGAGCUGCGAAUGCACUUGUGCAAUUAGCGUUGGAACGAGGGGUGCGGCCGCAUGAUUGUGUGCGUGCGGUGCGGGUUUUGUUGGAUGUGUGGAGCUGCGAGAAUGGCGUGCGGGCGGCGAGUGGUGCUAUUCACAGACGGGCCAUAGAGCAACGCUACGCUAAUGUUAUUAAGGAAUUAUUCCAAGAGGAUGAAUAA